ACAGUUUCAACCUUUCACACAUCCACCACCAUCCAGCGCCAUGGCCAGUGGCUCUGCCAAACUGGCACCAGGUGUCAGGCACACGGCUGCCAGUUUUGCAGAGGAGGUCCAGGGAUGCGUCGGAUCCGUUGGAUCUGGAUCGGCCUUCUUCCAUGCACUGGAGACGAUGCGCCACGAGUAUGAGCGUCUCGUGGCCGAGAACGAGCUGCUUCACAACGGAGCACUCCAUGGAGCGCUCGAUCGGUCCACCUCUCAGACCUUCGUUUCAGGGGGAGCUGGAGUGGUGCGGCUUCACUCGGAGGGCUUGAUGAGCAUGGAGACUCUGGAGCAAGACGUCCCUCAAGAGGCACCCGUCCGCUCUGAGAUGAUGGGCAUCCAGGACAAGUCCGAAUCGUUGGAACAGUUGGAGAAGAGCAUUGCAAAGAAUCGGCGCUCCGUAUUCAUGCCCCAUGAAGAUGUCAGGACCAGCAUCCAAUCUGUUUAUGGAUCCCACUUCCGCCAGAAGACGAACAUGGUGGGAGGAACUUGCUCCAAGGUGGCCAAACAUCCGUAUUUCCAGAACCUUGACAUGCUCAUGAUUUGUGUGUAUGCCGUGUGGAUGGGCAUUGAUGCUGAUUGGAACGACAAAAUGUUGAUCACCGAUGGCCAGUGGAUGUUCCAGACAGCGGACCAGGUCUUUUGCGUGUACUUUGUGGUAGAGUUGAUGAUUCGCUUCUUCGCCUUUACCAAUUGCUGGGACCGCAUUCGUGACCCAUGGUUUGUGUUGGAUUCCAUCUUGGUGCCGCUCACCAUUUUUGACACCUGGGCGAUGACCAUCAUCUCUUUGUCCUCAAACGUGGAUGAGCAAGAUGCAACGAUUGUACGUCGCUCGGAGAUUCUGCGCUGGUUCAGGACGCUGCGGCUCUUCCGGAUCGCCCGGGUUGCCAAGCUCGUCAGGUUCUUGCCAGAGCUGCAGAUCCUGCUGAAGGCAAUGCUCACGGCCUUCCGAUCAGUGUUCUUUGCCCUCCUCUUGCUUCUCGCGUCGCACUACAUGCUUGCCAUUGUCUUCAACGUCACCUUGCAAAACACCACUUCUGGCGAAGCCCACUUUGACACCGUCUUGGAUUCCAUGCAGACCCUCUUUGUCCACUGCACCCUGCUGGAUGAAGUGCUUCAACUCAUUGAUGCUCUCAAUCUCGAAGGACUCUACUUCCACUUGGUCAUGGUGUACUUUGUGAUGUUUAUCAAUGCGAUCACAUUGAUGAAUAUAUUGAUUGGAAUUGUGGUGGAAGUCAUCAGCAAUGUGGCAGCUGCUGAGAGGCAAUCGAUGAAAGUGAAGUGGGUUGCAGACGUGAUCGCCCAGUUCUUGGGUGUCGAAGAGGGAUGGAUCAAACAAUCCGAGUUGCUGGAUAUCCUGCGGGGCUCGCCAGCCAUGUCGGCGCUGAAGCUUGUAGGUGUGGACCGUGCCACGCUGAUUGAGACGGUUGACCAGCAUUUCAAGGAGUUCCGAAGCCAAAACCCGGAUCCCGAGAUGUCUGUGGAAGACUUCGUGGAACUGGUCCUAGCGUUGCGUGGAAGCAACACUGCCACGGUCAAGGACGUGGUGGAGCUCCGAAAGGUCCUGGGGCGAUCGCAAGAGGUCCUCGCCUUCAAGGUGGAGUCUUUGGCUGCAAAGUUUCCUUCCCGCACCCCACCGCUGCGCAGCUCGCAGGUCUUUCAAUUUGGACUUCACAGCGGUGCCCGGCUCGAGCGAGGUGAGGCCUCGUCCACGGACCAUGCCUCGGUGGAGCGUUCCGUGGAGGUCACGGUGGCGAAUGGAUCUGUGGAGGAAGACGUGGGCUGCGACUUACUGACGCCGUGUCCGAUGGCGUACACCCACGACUUCCAGGAGCCAACCAAUGCAGCGUCCCUCUGACGCUUUGAGACGCACCGGUCCCACGAUGCUGGUGUGUUUAAAAUUUUCACCCGAAUACCUAAAAUCUCCCAAAGGUGCAUCGAAACUUUUGUGCUUCGCAGUUGAAGCUUGGCAC